AUGUUUAAAUUCAUCACUAUUUUUCUUGGUACUAUCUUAAUAGCUGUUAGCUAUAGUUCAAUUGCUGGUGGUUAUACAAAUCGUCCUGAAUUAAUCAAAGAUAAAUAUGUUCAAGGUUUAACUAGUUAUGCUGCUGAAUAUUUGGCUACAAAAGAAAAUCUUUUUCUUAAUCAUCUGAAAGUUACAGGCGUUCAAACUCAAGUUGUUGCUGGUCUCAAUUAUAAAAUAGAUUUUAGUGGUAAAUCUGUCGAUGGUAGCAGCGGUCAAUUAAAAACAUGCCAAGCUAUUAUUUAUGUACGAUUAGAUCACACACAACAGGUUACUAGUGUUAAAUGUCAUUAG